ACUGUGGAGAUGGCUGAUUUCCUGCUAGCCCCGGCACAGACAUACUUCUCGUGGAUGCGGGAGAACGGCUAUAGCUUUGACCAUAGGCGCACACUGACGCUGCAACAGCCACUCAAACACGGCAUAUCCAACACGCAGGCGAGUAUUGGGGCAACACUCAAGCCCAACUCUAUAGCGUAUAUCGGAGCAAUCACACGGUAA